UUUAUAACAUUUACAAGUGACUGUUUCCCUUCCUGGAUUAUGUCAGGGAUCGCUGAGCUGAUCAUCACACGACUUCCUGGAGUCAGUAAGUGGCAAAGGAAAUGGUAUUUUAUCCGGAGUUUCUUCCUGAGUAAACCUACAACCUUAAAUCGCUUAGGAUAAAAACGAAGUAUAAUUAUUUUCAACAUAAAACCAGUAAGGAAAAAAAUGGACGACACUGUUUCUGUUGACACGGCCGCUGAUAGCGAGAACGAGGAACGACUGUCCCGGGAACUCAUUAGGAAUAUAUCAAUGAAAAGGGAAGGUAAAUCUACGUUUGUAACAUUUAACGAUUUCUUCACGAAGGAUCCCCUGGAUAACUCCAUUCCUGUCUGUACGCUCCGAGAAUCGGUCACCUCGGAACUAGCUCCAGACGAGAAGAGCGCGCUGGACGAUUAUAGAGCAGACGAUACAGAGGGAGUGACAUCAAACGACACAGAACAGGGAGAUAGUGAUGAUGAUGGCGAAAACACGCAGACCUGUGAAUUAGAUGGUGCAAAACCUACUCCUGCUUCUUGUGUUUCUGUGGAAGUAGGAAAUUCAGAACAAGAUGCUGCUGCUGCACCAUGCAAUGGUACAGAAAUCGCUACAGACGACGGACCAGUUUCUCCAAAGAUAAAGCAAAUCCCAAAUCAAAACGGUUUGACAGAGAACGAGCUACUUAAAAACACCAGCGUCACAGAAAAGUGUGGGGAUAUAUUCAUGAAAGAAGAUAGGGAUGUUGAAAGUGGACUUGAAAGUGUAAACUUGCUUCAAACAGCAGAUAACGGACAUAUUUGGGCAAAUUUCGGAAAAGAAAUGUGUCAAAUUGAUCUAACAGGGAAUGUUGUUUUUAGGCAGACCUUUGAUGUUCCUGUCGAUGAUUUCGCUGUACUUGGUUCCAAUUCCGUCUUUCUUAUAGAGCCACAGAUUAAGACCAUUCGAUUUCUGAAGAUCGAAACAGGAGAACCAGUAAUGACAAAUUUUGACAACUUAUCCCCAGAUAUCCCUAAAAAUGUGUGUAUCAAUACAAAAACAAGAGAAAUUGUAGUAAGCAUUUUAAUGAACAGAGGGUUCCUCUUUUUUAAACGUAUUCGAACCUCUAUCAGGAAAUAUUCUUAUAGUGGCAAAUGCAUGGAAGAAAUCAUUCCUAAAAACAAAGGAACAGUUAUAUUUGAUAGUACGCUAGAUAUGACCUGUAAUGAAAACGGCGACAUAUGUAUUGCAGCCGUGAAAGGUUCGUCUCACUUUGUUGCUGUAUUUGACCAAUCAGUCAACUUCCGAUUUGCUUACGUUGGCGGAGAAGGAAGAGAAAACUCUUUCCGUCCCACUUCCGUUUGUGUAGAUUGUGAUAAUAAUAUCUUAUCCCUGGACUCAAAUAGUAAUGCUAUCCAUAUCACUGACCUUAACGGAACUUUUCUGAGGUUAAUAAGCCCAUUCGGUGACAAUUCAGUGUGUCCUAAAUUAAAAGCUGUAUGUAUUUACAAGGACAACAGGUUACUGAUUGGUCAGGACAACGGAAAGAUUCGUGUGAUGAAGUUCACAACUCGUUCAGAGACAACAAAACUCUGAACGAUAUCAAUGCAACAUAGUUGAUUGAGUUUAAGUCAGCAUCAGUUAACAAUCUUCCUAUGUAGAUCAAAAUAUGAGAAAGAAUGUUUUUUUAUUCUUAUAUUGUUAAAGGUUUAAAAUCUUUCACAAUAUUUAAAGAAAUUUAAAUUGAGAAUAUUUUUUAAAUUACUUAAUAUAUAAAAGUUGCUUUUGAAUUGUUUUAUUUGAACCGGAGACAUUG